UACUUUCUUAGUGUUGAUGACGAGACGCCGAUCUAAAAAAAAUCAACAACAGUGCGGCUAAUAUUGGCACAUCUAGCUAUGUAUUAAAGUCAGGAACCAUGGUCAAAGAUAAAUUCUGUGUAGGCUUAUGUGACCGUUUGCUGCUUCACUUUUGUCGUGUUUGUAAUUAUUAGAUAAGAAAUAGCGGAGCCGGUUAAUAUACUUUGCAUGGCCGGUUAGCUAAGUUGGCUGAGAUGUCAUUCUCCACGUUGUUGUAGCUCCAUUUAUAUGAAAGCGCMUUGCAAUCAUGACGCUUCCAGCUUUGCAAAACACCAGUGUGCUCUACCGAAGAAUACUGUCGCAGUUCCCUCAAGACUUCAGCCUCGCAUUUGCCUAUGGMUCUGGAGUAUUCAAACAAAAUGGAACUAGCCAAGGUCAAAUGGGGCGAAACAUGCUGGAUUUYGUGUUGGCUGUAGACGAUCCAGUCACCUGGCAUACCAUGAACCUGAUGCAGAACAGAAAACACUAUUCUGUAUUAAAGUUCCUGGGUCCUAGGAAGAUCAGCCGGAUACAGGACGAACAUGGGGCUGGGGUGUACUACAACACCUUAGUACCUGUGGAUGGAAGGAUAAUUAAGUAUGGUGUGAUCAGUACUGACUCUCUGAUUGACGACCUGCUCCACUGGAAGACCAUGUAUAUUGCUGGCAGACUGCACAAACCGGUGAAGAUCCUGGUGCAGGGUGAGAACAGGAAGCUGCAUGCAGCGUUGGUGGGGAACCUGAAGAGCGCUGUGACGGCCUCCUUCCUUAUGCUGCCUGAGAGCUUCUCUGAAGAGGACCUGUUCCUGCAGAUUGCUGGGCUCUCCUACGCCGGGGAUUUCAGGAUGGUGAUUGGAGAAGACCGGUCCAAGGUGGCUAACAUUGUCAAGGAAAACGUCCAACACUUCCGCAUCCUGUACAACAAUAUUCUGCAAGAGUGUCCACAGGUGGUGUACAAGCCGCACCAGGGGAAACUAGAGGUGGAUAAGAGUCCAGAGGGUCAGUUUGUCCAGCUGAUGGCCCUCCCCAGGACCCUGCAGCAGAGGAUCACACGACUGGUGGACCCGCCAGGGAAGAACAGGGACGUGGAGGAGAUACUACUACAGGUGGCCCAGGACCCAGACUGUGGUUCUGUGGUGCAGCAAGGGAUGUCGUCAAUAGUGAAGUCUUCAAGCAUAACUCAGACUGCCAAAGGAAUCGCCACGGCUGGACUGCUGAAGUCGCUGUCCUAUAGCACCAAGAAGCUCCAGAAGAUGUGGAAGGGCUGGAGAAUGAAGACACCCUGAUCCUCCCAGUUAUAUUUAAGCAAUAAGGUCUGAGGGGGUGUGGUAUAUGGCCAAUAUACCACGGCUAAGGGCUGUUUC